UCUGACACAUCCCGCCUCACCAAGGAGACGCUGCCGUAACGAAAAUACAAAACAAAAGUUGCCAAUACCCUCUAUUGUCCUCUCCGCGUUCUCGGAUCUUCACUCUACAGUCACAGCAUUAGCGCGUCCCCAUUUCCGAUGUCUCAGCACGCCAUAGCAACACCCAUCAACAUCAGUGGGAACUGGUGACUAUGAUAGGUCGCUUGACGAGACUACUGGCAGCUCUACAUCCAAGGAUUGUUGUGACUGGGGAUAAAAUGCCAGGACUGCGAGCCAUGCAAUUGGGCACGUAGAUAUAUACUUCUGCACCGCCGACUUCUUCGUCUUGAUACACUUCCGUCAAGACUUCCGAGAAGGAAAUGGCGACCAAUGGAGCUUCAAACGGAUUGACGUUCAAGCCGAACGGCGAAGGAGCGUCUAUACCGCAAACUGACCCGGCCGUAUAUGCCGACUUUGAGAAGAAGUGGGCUGGCAAGCUACCUUCCACCGAAGCACAAUGGGUGCAGCGAGCUGCGGAGGUUGCAGAGGUGCUUGCAGCUGAUGCAGCUGUUCGUGAUCGAGAGAACAAGUCUCCGCGGGCUGAGGUGGCUUUGCUCAAAUACUCUGGUCUACUGAAGGUGAUGGGGCCAAAGAAGUACGGUGGUGGUGGACAUUCUUGGAGCGUUGGUUACAAGGUCAUUCGUGAGGUUGCCAAGGGAGACGGCUCACUCGGUAUGCUCUUGGGAUACCAUCUCCUCUGGUCCACGACCGCGAACGUCGUCGGCACUCCUGAACAAGCGGAGCGCGUGGCAAACCUCAUCACGAGCAACAACUACUUCGUCGGCGGAGCGGUCAACCCCCGCGACUCCGACCUCACCAUCACCUCGGAAGGCGACGAGAUUGUCUUCAACGGCGUCAAGAACUUCAACACCGGCGGCGUCAUCUCCGACUUGACGGUGCUCGAGGGCGUCUACGCCGGCACGGAAGACCACAUCUUCGCCCUCGUCCCCACUGCCCAACCGGGCAUCCAGUUCGCCUACAACUGGAACAACAUCGGCCUCCGCCUCACUGAAUCCGGCAGCGUCAAGAUCUCCAACGUCCGCGCCCCCUGGUCCGACGCCCUCGGCUGGAACCCGCAAUGGCAGAAACCUGACCCUGCCGUCCUCGGCAUCCCCUACGCCUCCCUCCUCCUGCCCACCAUCCAGCUCGUCUUCAGCAACUUCUACCUCGGCAUCACCCUGGGCGCCCUCACCUUCGCCGCCCGCUACACCGCAAAACACACCCGCCCCUGGCCCUACACCCCAGACCCAAAUCCCGCCGCCACAGACGAAUUCUACAUCCUCGCCGCCUACGGCAACUUCUACGCCCACGCCCGCGCCGCCGAAGCCCUCGCAGACUCCGCUGCCGCUGACAUCGCAGCGCUCUACGCCCGCUACCCGUCCGCGGAUCUCAAGGCCCGCUCCCAGCUUAGCGCCCGCGAGCGCGGCGUGCUGGCCGAGGCCGUUGCAGCCGUCAAGGUCGUGACGACGGAUACCGGGCUGCGCGUCACGGCGGGCGUGUUUGAGACUACGGGUGCGCGCGCCACGGCGGCCAAGGUUGGGCUGGAUCGCUUCUUUCGCGAUGUGCGCACGCAUACGCUGCAUGAUCCUGUGGCGUACAAGAAUCACGAGUUGGGCCGGUUCGUGCUGCUGGAUGAGGUGCCGGAGCCGACGUGGUAUACGUAGAUGGUAGGUAGGGAGGGAGGUCGGAGCGGCUGGACCUUAGUCUCCUUCUAGCUCAUGAAAUCCAUGACAUGACAAU